UUUUUUGAUCUCUUCUUUAGUUUUUUUGCUUUUCCAAAAGAUUUGCCACCUCUUGCUUAUAUGUGUUGUAGAGCUUGUACCAAUUUCAUAUUAUGGACGCAUAAAUAUGGAAAGUCACUAGUAGAUAGGUAG